CCGGAAGCGAGGGAAUCCUCUUUAAGUUCGCCCUCUGUCGAGCACUUCAUUCACAGCUCAGGAGCGUCCUUGGUGGUACAGUCACUACUGGACAUCCUAACCGCAGAAAACUAGGAAGAAGCCAAAAUGGUGAAGAUAUCUUUCCAGCAAAUAACUGCACAGAAGCCGGAAAAGGAGAACGAUGGAGACAAAGAGGAAAUUCACAUGCCUUACUCUCACCAGGAUGAGUUGGUGCUCCCGGUAAAAUCGAAGAAGUCUUCCUUUAGAGGCCUUUGGUGCGUCGUGCUCGGCUUGGUGAUCUUCCUGUCAGGCGUGAUCCUGGCGUCUGUAUGCCUGUACCGAUACCACUUCAGCCCGCAGAUCCCAGAGGACAGUUUGUUCCACUGUCGGGUGAUGUACGAGGACCCCCUGUUCGCCCCAUUACUCGGAAGACAGGAGCUAGAGGAGAACGUGGGCAUCCACCUGGAUGACAACUACGAGCAGAUCAGUGUGCCUGUGCCCGACUUCGGAAGCAGUGACCCGGCUGACAUCAUUCACGACUUUCACAGGGGACUCACAGCUUACUAUGACAUUGCGUUGGAUAAGUGCUACGUUAUUGAACUCAACACGACUAUCGUCAUGGCACCCAGGAACCUGUGGGAGCUGCUUGUCAAUGUCAAGCGGGGGAUGUAUUUGCCCCAGACCUACAUCAUUCAGGAAGAGAUGGUGGUGACGGGGCGCAUUAGGAACAUGCGUCAGCUGGGACCCUUCAUCCACCGGCUCUGUUACGGAAAAGAAACCUACAGACUGAGACGCCGUAGCAGCCAAAGACGCGUCGAUAAGAGGGAGACCAGGAACUGCCACAGCAUCCGGCACUUCGAGAACACGUUUGUCGUAGAGACAAAGAUUUGCGACCGACUCCUGCUGUAGUUUCCCUCCCUUCUCCUCAACUCUACUGAGCAAAACCCAAAACUGACCCGUCCCCAUCUGUCCAGCUUAACAGCACUUUAUCAGCAUGAUAAACCUGUACAUAAUUUUAGAUAAUGACAUAUUUGUGUGUUUGUUGGUUCAAAUUUUCCAAGGAUAAACUGAAAUUACUUUUUUCAUCCAAGUGUUUUUUUUUUUUGUUUUGUUUUUUUGUCUUUGUCUAAUUUAGAUUUUGAUUUGCAUAUUCUGAAGCACACAGUCUAGUUUGUGGUUUCAUUUCACUCUCAGGUUAUUUGUAUUUUAUUAUUAUUUUAUUUGUAUUUUUUUCCAGUGGGGAAGUUUCCUCAAAUACUGUGAGAUUAGUCUCAGACGUCUGGCAUGCACUGACAAAUGAUUUGCAUUUAGUUUUUUCUGCCUCUGUUUGUGUAGACUUAUGGUUUUUGUGGUGUUUAAUUUGUUCAUAAUUUUUUUGUGUUAGCUAAGAAAUCCAGUAUUAGAAAAUUGUCUUCAAUGCCAAAAGAUGUAUACCUCAUAUUUUAGAAAUGUAUGACUUUAAGCCUGAUUAUUUAAGUCAUAGCGUGAGUUUUUGAACGUGAUAUAAGCAAUAUAAGUUUUCUUAUCUUGGAUUUCCUAACUUGACAUCCAUUUGUUUGUAGUAUUGUUGGUUCUCUGAGCAGGUUAUCAUGUUCAAAUACUCUGUGUGUUGCUCUUUAAUACAUGUGAAUAAAGUUUGUAGAAAAAUGUGAAAAACUAUUCACCUAUCCAUUUUGCUUGCACUUUUUCCAAUUGUACCAUUUAUAUGUAUUUGUUCCUCUUCCACAUACUGGUGUAGCAACAACUGGCUUUGUCUGGAAUAAAUGAGGCAUUUGAUUUGAUGCACUCUAUUCUGCUGCUUUGUAAAUAAUAAUCGCUUGUAAAAAUCCAUCAAUAAACUGCUGAAACACUA